AUGACCAUUGUCACUUUAGGUAGGGCAGUUGACGAUCAUGAGUCGCCAGCUUCUCGUUAUAUGAGCUCAGGGCCCGACGAUCGAGCUCCUACGCAUGUUGAGACGUGUGACAAGUCUGUGCAUGACCGACCUGUUGGUUCUAGGAGAGAUGGCGCCCCGAAAAGGAAGAAGAUCGCUCAUAAACCACACGACGGUCAGCGUUCUUAUGGAAUGGAUUUAGGAAGCAUCGCCGAUGGAGGGGAAGGGUUCUUUGAAGAGGGCGAACUUCCACCGGGUCUGGUAUCUCCUGGAUCUGACAACAUGGAUUGCUUCAUGCAGCAGAUGUGCGACGCCCUUCAUGACGGUUCUCUGGGCAUCGAUCUAAACAUUGAUCUUGAGCAGGUGAAUAGUGUUGGGCCCACCGUCCCAUAUUCAGGUUAUCCUGCAGAUGUCGCGAUGGAAAAGCCAGCUGAGGAUGGAGCCUAUCAUGAUGUAGGUUUCGAGGAACGGGGGUGUGCUCCUGUACCUAGUUUCCCGGGCCCUGACAUUGGACUAUUUGCCGACAUGUUGGCUGAACAAGCCACCAGAGGAACUGUGGGACCACCCUUUGAGAAUGAUUCAUUCACAGCGCCAGUCAUUGGGACUAACCCAAUAUCGAUUCCCGGCAUAUCUAGCUUAUCUCGGAGUGACGGACUUGCAGGACCAGCCACCGGGACUGAUACUCUUAUGACUCCUGACAUCCCCCGGAUACCUGAGGAUGAUGGACCUACAAGACCAGCCGUUGUGCCUGAUGCCGCUACAGUUUCUGGGACUGAUAGUUUGCCUGAGAGCGGUGUUUCCCCGCCACAGCCGAGAGGUAUGACUGAUUUGCCUACAGGGGUUGAUAUACCCUCCAUGCCUACUCCUGCAGUUAUUUCGGAACCUGUCGGAUUUCAGCCUGAGGGGACUUCCGUUGGCAUUGGACCUCGAUCAUCCCUAUAUGAGCGUGUCCGCGUCCUCUUGGCUGAUACCGAUCCCGACAAAGACAUUUUUCGUACAGACCUCGGCCUUUUUACCGUCUUUUAUAACGGCAUGAUCGAGAAACUUCUUCAUCGAGGAUAUGGUUUCGAUCAGUUCAGGCGUUCCUUUUCUCGUCACAUGAUGAUGUUUAGAGAAGAAGGGUAUCCAGAGUUGGCCGAUUCCUUCACCACCGAUUUUGCUGUUCUGGAGUCGGAGAUCCGAGAGUUGAAGGAGCUGAAGGCUAAUGGG